GCUGCCGAAUGUGUCCAAUCAUUUUUUGGCUGCUUGCUUAAUCAUAACAAAACGAAGCUAGUAUAAAAGCAUCAACUCAACGAUUGAACCGGCACAGUCAAAUUUGGACAUUGCGCAAAAGUUUUGCUUUCACGCGUACAAAACGACCAAGAAAACAGCUUCACUUUGAAAAUGAAAUUCCUGUGGUUCAUCACCUUCCUGCUCGCACUCGUCGGCAUGAUUGCGGGCGAUGCGUGCCCCAAGGGCUUCAGGUCACAGAACAACCAGUGCGUCAGCCAGCGCCCGGUACAUGGCGACUGCCCCAAGGGUUCCACUUACAGCGCGAAAGUGAACCUGUGUGUUCAUAACUAGAAAUAUAAAGCAGCUACGAUAAAGUA